CAUCCACCCGUGACCUCAUUCAAUCCUGGCCAGCAGGCCCAGCUGCCAGUAGGGUCUCGUGGCAAAGAAUCCAGAUUCAUCUAGACCGGACCAGAUGACCACCUCUUCUGGUUCUUUUCAGCCCUGCCACCUUCAAAUAAACUUUUCCUCUGAUGGCUGCAGGGUGCACCCUCCCCGGGGCUAGUCUCGUGGAGUCGUGGUCCACGCUCCUGCCUGACAGCUCAGGGAUAGUGGACCUCGGGAUCUCGAUGCCGAGGAGAUCAUUGGUCCGUCAUAGUGGUGACUGGAAGUGGAAGAUGUUGCGUUGUAACUUAGUUGUUUCUGCGGUGAGGAGAAAUGACCGUCGGGAUAUGUACAGGACGUACUGGGCUGGGUGACUGGGUGACUUGGGCUCGGGAGGAAAUGGCCCGGUGUACAGGACGUGGUGGUCUUCGGCUAAGUCUG